AUGGACCCAACACUCAGACCCAUCCCAACACCCCGCCACCUCCUCACGUCCCUCAUAAACACCCUCACAACGCCCCCACCACCAGCACCAGCGCCCCCAUCAACCCAACAACCAACAAUCAACACCCCAUAUCCCCAUUCCUCCAAAGAAACAACCACAAACCCGUUAAGAAAUCUCUCAGCCUCGCAUCGCGCGCUACUAACCACGCUUCAUGUCCUCUUCCCGCCAGGGAUGGUAUUGCAGAGUCUGGAUUUGCUGGAUCGGGGGUUAGUCACGCGGAUUAUGUGCGUGCCAUCUGAGGCUCACUCGACACCACCUCAGGAAGGAGAGAUGGGAAGGGAUUUCGAGAGAGGAGAAGGACAGGUUUGGCCACCGCAGGCUAAUAUUCACCUCCCGCUUGAGACGCUCAACGACGCAGUCCCAGAAAAAAAAGAGGAGAGAGGAAAGAACAAUGUGAUAUACAGAGUAUCCUCCUCACAGCCCCAGAAAUCACGGUUCUCACAUUCCCACUCCGGCGCGGGGACAGGAACAGGACAGGUCUACACGGUCCGUCUGCAGGCGUGGAAUUGUAGCUGUGCGGCGUUUGCGUUUAGUGCUUUUCCUGCUGCGCAUAGCUCGAGGCCUUGGGAGCAUGAGCGUGAUUAUGGUGAUGAGGAGGAGAUGGGUGGUAAGAGGGAGGAGAUGGGUGGUAAGAGGGAGGAGGAGGAAUGGGAGUUUGGAGAUGGGUGUUUGGAUGGGUUAAAUGGGGAGGGGGUGCCUGUUUGUAAGCAUUUACUUGCUUGUUUGCUUGGGGAGAGGUGGAGGGGUGUGGUUGGNAUGGGAGUUUGGAGAUGGGUGUUUGGAUGGGUUAAAUGGGGAGGGGGUGCCUGUUUGUAAGCAUUUACUUGCUUGUUUGCUUGGGGAGAGGUGGAGGGGUGUGGUUGGGGGGCUGGUCAAGGAGAGGGAAGUUGGGAGGGAGGAGAUGGCUGGGUUGGGUGCUGAGUGA